AUGUCAGACAGGCUCAAGGAACGCAAAAGAACCCCGGUUUCUCAUAAAGUUAUAGAAAAGCGGCGGAGGGACCGAAUCAACCGCUGCUUGAACGAGCUGGGCAAGACAGUCCCCAUGGCCCUGGCGAAACAGAGUUCCGGGAAACUGGAGAAGGCGGAGAUCCUGGAGAUGACAGUCCAGUACCUCAGAGCUUUGCACUCUGCGGAUUUCCCCCGGGGAAGGGAAAAAGAGCUUUUAGCAGAGUUUGCCAACUACUUCCACUAUGGUUACCAUGAGUGCAUGAAGAACUUGGUGCAUUAUCUCACCACCGUGGAGCGGAUGGAGACCAAAGACACCAAGUAUGCGCGCAUCCUCGCCUUCUUGCAAUCUAAGGCCCGUCUGGGCGCAGAGCCCGCCUUCCCAACUCUCCCAGAGCAGGAUUUCUCCUAUCAGCUGCAUCCCGCAGGUCCGGAGUUUGCGGGCCACAGUCCAGGCGAGGCCCCCGUGUUCCCGCAGGGGGCUACGCCGGGGACACUGCCCUGGCCUCACGGCGCGGCCCGCAGCCCAGCGCUGUCUUAUUUGUCCAGCGCGCCGGUACCUCUCCCCAGCGCCGCGCAGCAGCACAGCCCCUUUCUGGCUCAGGUGCAGGGCUUGGACAGGCAUUACCUCAAUCUGAUCGGCCAUGCCCAUCCCAACGCCCUCAACCUGCACACGCCCCAGCACCCGCCAGUGCUCUGA